GCUAUGGUGAGGGGCGGGGGGAUCGAAAGUCGCGCUGUGUGUUUUCUGAUUCUGAUUACAGCUGUUCGGACUGGCAAGGACGUGCGGACUAAGUCGUAUUGCCAGCUUUCAAUAGCAGCGUAGUCGUUUGAUACAAGAAUAGCAGAGACGUGAAGUUUGGGCAGUCAGGGUGAGAGCAUGCAAAAAUCUGGAGGACUGAAAACCCAGGCAGAUAUGAAGAGCAGUUUCGGCUGAUGCUUCAUGGUUGUCAGCUUUCUCUUACACUGCAUCAGUUGUCUCAUGAAUGAUCACCGCUGUGUUUUUGUCCACCACCAUGGUAGACACACAAAAUCAGUAUUGUCCACUGUCUCCCUUAGAAGACACAAACAUUGGCAGUCCACUUUGUGGGGAAUUCAUCCAGAAUAUUGAAGACAUCAAUGACAUCUCCCAGUCAAUUGAAGAUGAUAGCUUGGGUACCUUUGAUAUUUCUGGAUACCCGUCUUCUGGAGUUGGAUCAGGUUCUGAAGGAUCAACAGGCCUAGAUAACCUCACACCAGCAUCCAGUCCAUCUUCUAUAUUCUCUGGAUCUGCAGGACAUGAAGUAUCACUAAGUCUUGAAUGCAGGGUUUGUGGAGAUAAAGCAUCUGGCUACCACUAUGGAGUUCAUGCAUGUGAAGGCUGCAAGGGAUUCUUCAGAAGAACAAUACGUCUAAAGUUGGAAUAUGAAAAGUGUGGACACAGGUGCAAAAUUCAGAAGAAAAACCGUAAUAAGUGCCAGUAUUGUCGCUUUCAGAAGUGCCUUUCAGUAGGAAUGUCACACAAUGCAAUUCGUUUUGGGCGUAUGCCACAGUCUGAGAAGCUUAAGUUAAAAGCUGAAAUUUUAACCUGUGAGAGAGAAGUAGAAAAUUGUCAGGUGUCUGAUCAGAAAACCCUUGCUAAGCAGAUUUAUGAAGCAUAUCUGAAAAACUUCAAAAUGAACAAAUCUAAAGCACGAACUAUAUUAACAGGCAAAGCAAAUACCCCGCCCUUUGUCAUUCAUGACAUGGAUACAUUGCGCCUUGCUGAGAAGACACUAGUAGCAAAAAUGGUUGCUAAUGGAAUACAGAACAAAGAGGCAGAGGUUCGGAUUUUCCAUUGUUGUCAGUGCGUUUCUGUAGAGACUGUUACUGAGCUGACAGAAUUUGCAAAGUCAAUUCCAGGCUUCGGGAAUCUUGAUCUGAACGACCAAGUUACUUUGUUGAAAUAUGGAGUAUAUGAGGCAAUGUUUGCAAUGCUAUCUUCCAGUAUGAACAAGGAUGGCUUGCUUGUUGCAUAUGGCAAUGGUUUCAUUACUCGGGAAUUUCUAAAAAGCCUUAGAAAACCCCUCAGUGAAAUGAUGGAGCCAAAGUUUGAAUUUGCAAUGAAGUUUAAUGCUCUUGGUCUGGACGACAGUGACCUUUCCCUGUUUGUUGCUGCUAUAAUUUGUUGUGGAGAUCGUCCUGGCCUAGUAAAUGUAGGCCAAAUUGAAGAGAUGCAAGAGAGCAUAGUUCAGGUUUUAAACCUCCAUCUGCAAGCAAAUCAUCCUGAUGCUGCCUAUCUUUUUCCCAAAUUACUCCAAAAACUUGCCGACCUAAGGCAGCUUGUUACGGAGCAUGCACAGCUUGUACAGGAAAUUAAGAAAACAGAAGAUACAUCUUUGCACCCAUUGCUGCAGGAGAUUUACCGGGAUAUGUACUAAAGUGUAUUGUAGGAGACGUGUGUUGCUCAUUUUCUAGCAAUUUUACGUGUCCAGAAGUUUUCUUAAAAUCUAGGACUGCAUUGUCAUCAUGUAGAACUGUCAACUGACUAAGACCAAAAAGUAAAACAAAAAGCUUUAUUUAGAUUUAAAUGUUUGUUAUCUACAAAUAAAAUCUUGAGAUUGGAAGAAAGCUCAAGAAUAUAUACUCAGUACACAAUUUUAAUGUCAAUUUAAAGUCAUUGGCAAUUGUCUCAUUGUUAAUAGUAGUACUGAGAUUUUGAAACUUUUUGAAUAUUUGUUUAAAAAACAAUUUACGAGGAUUUAUGACUGGGCCUUAAAAAUAAUAUAUAUAUAUACCUUGUGUGUAUAUUGUUAAAGUUAGCUUAAAGGUUUAUAUUUUUAGAAACUUUGCACAUUAUAAUCUUCUCAGAUGUUUUGGACUGUGCCUUCUCAUUUUGACAGCACUAACAUUUUCUUGGGUUUAUGACAUUUUUAUUGUCUGCUUUUGGAUGUAUGCGGUAUACUGUAUGUGCAAAUGCAUGGUUGUGAAUUUAAUGUCUGCAUCUGUGCCUAUACAGUAUUUUUCAUGCCAUGCGACAGAGAAUAUAUAGAUAUCCGAAUUCAAAAUACAUGUAAACCUUUACUACACAGGACAAUUUCUGACAAGUACACUGUGAAUCAUGUGUGCCAAAUGGUUAUUUCAUGACUUUGCCCUUUGUUGCAUUAAGAUAUAUUUUUGUACUGAAUGUCAAAGUAUAUCUUGCCUUAAGAAUACCUCAAUUUCAUGUUGUGUCUUUAAAAUAUUUUCAUUUUAAAACCAGGUAAGACUUUCCAAAAAAUUGUAGCAUAUAUUUGAAUUAGAGCGGCACAGUGGGUAGCGCUGCUGCCUCGCAGUUAGGAGACCUGGGUUCGCUUCCUGGGUCCUCCCUGCAUGGAGUUUGCAUGUUCUCCCCGUGUCUGCAUGGGUUUCCACCGGGUGCUCCGGUUUCCUCCCACAGUCCAAAGACAUGCAGUUAGGUGCAUUGGCGAUCCUAAAUUGUCCCUAGUGUGUGUGUGUGUGUGUGUGUGUGUGUGUGUGCGUGCCCUGCGGUGGGCUGGCACCCUGCCCGGGGUUUGUUUCCUGCCUUACGCCCUGUGUUGGCUGGGAUUGGGUCCAGCAGACCCCCCGUGACCCUGUAGUUAGGAUAUACUGGGUUGGAUGAUGGAUGGAUGGACAGAUAUUUGAAUUGGUUUAGUAUUUUAGCAUGAGCCUUUUUUGUUUAUGUCUUGGUUUUUCUAUGUUGUGAAACGCAUUAUGUACAUAUUUUAUAAAGAUUCUUUGUAGCAAUAUCAAAGAAAAAUAUAAUCAUACAAUGUCAAAUAUAUUACCAGAGAGGAUUAUUUUGUAUGGAGCAAAAAUAGGGUUUAUUGAAGGAUGGAAUUAGAGAUUUUUUUAAUAUGGUCAAAUCAGUAUUAAUUUGGAAAUAGUUUUGUAGUUUAUUAACAUAUUCAAAAUAAUGCUUUCAUCAAUAAUGGUAAAAUAUCUACAGUGAUAAUAGCUGUGAUAGCAGCUAUUCAGUUACCUAUACUUUUUUUUUUACUGAACGUAUGAUUUGAUUUAAAAGUCUCACUAAUUGAAUUUUGGUUUUUUUGUGUAAUGACCAAAUGUUUUAUAUGCACUGUAACUUUCAAAGUCUGACAUAGGCACGUUUAUAAGGAUUACUUUUUUCCUAGUACUUUUGAGCUCUCAGGUCUUAGGUAAAGUUUUUACAAGCAAAUGGAUUGGUAUUGAAUUUGCAAAAUUCUCUUGUGCAGUAAUAUAUGCUUUUCCUUUAAUCCACUUUCCAAUAAAUAUACAGUUUAAUGAAUGCAGCAAAAAGUGCACAUUUAAAUCAAAGCUGCAUUGUAGUAGACUGUUCUGUCCAAGUUUAGUGUUGCCUUGUUGUACACUGCCUGCCACACAAAGCUUCAAAAUGCUGCAAUACUACAUUCAAAUAAAUGCUUUAAAGAAAAUCAAUUAGAUCGAAGUGUUUGAAGAAUAUUAAUGUGUGUUUGUGCGCACACUUUUCUGGUUAACAGGCAAGUCUAUAUGUGAGUGGCUGCCUAGUUCCAGAAAUAUUUCUGACUAUGCAUUUUUGAUAACUGUCCAUUAGUGUUUUUUUUUUUUUUUAAACAUAAUGCUUAAUACAUCUUCCAAGUUUAUUUUAUAUUCCCUUAAAGUAUUAGACAGAUGUUUUGUUUAAUUCAUAUGAGACAUGUAUGUACCAUUAGAAGGUACAAGGACCUUUAUUUGUUGGCAGGUGGCAGAUACCUUUUCUUAGCGUUAUUCUAGUCUAUCUGCAUAUUAUGUAGUGCACACUCACAUCCACAUAUCUACAGUAUCUGUCUGUAUAUCUGUCAUAGAGAUAGAUAGAUAGACAGAAAGGUGAAAUAUACAUUUUGUGACAAGGUGCAUUUUGCUGAUCAAGUGUUGUAGCUUUCUAUUUUUAAGCGUUUGCUUAUUUCCUUUCACUCACUCUUUCAUACUUUUUUUGUUCUUGUUAAUGUGUAAGCUUUCCUGCUUAACAGCUGCUUACUCAUGUUUACUUGCAAAACUUUAUCCCAGUACCUGUAGUGAUCUUAUUAUUAUCACAUACAUUGGAAGAAACCAGUUAAUUUCACUGGCCUCAUUUAUACUCUUCUCUCAACUCCUGAAUUACAUAAUUCAGAUUUGUAGAUCUCUGAGAAACUGCUGUGCAUACGUCUAUGUAUAUAUAUGCCAGAUUUUUAGUAUUAUGACACCUAACCUUUUUUGGUUUAAAAUAGCCACAGAGGACAGUCAGUUAUUAGAUUUCAGAGGGCACAGUGCGCAGACCUGAUUUAAAAAAAACACAUUUUUAAAGGUAGAGAGUGGAGUGGUUUGCAUAAUACAAGUAUAAUAUUGUAUGGAUUACACUGUUUUAGUGCCGUUCUAAUGAAUUAAGCACCAUGUUGAGUAUAUGUUUACAUACAUAUAUACCAUACACUUAAGCACAAAAUGGAUAUCAUACUACACCCUCAGCUUUCCUGAAUUAAAGGCAUUUUCUUUUCCCCUUAGGAUGCUCUUUAUUCUUUUUCAUUUAAACAUUAAAGGUGAAAAAUGUCUGAAAUGAAAUGCUGUGAUUUUAGCCUUUGCAACAAAUACAUCUAUAUGCACAAUGAAUAAAAAUUUUGUGUCUGUAAAAUAUACAAUAUUCCUCAGAGAUUCAUUAGUUUAUUUUAAUUAAAUUAUCGAUGUCUAUGAAAGAUGGGUUACACACUUAGAGCAGUUACUUAUAUUUGUAAUUUAUAUUUUGAUUAUCACCUUUUCUUUUUGAGUACUGCUCAAAAAAAUCAUUGUAUAUAGUACUUAGUGUUGUUUACAAUUUUUUAAGCGAAUCAGCUGUUUAGUAAUUUAUUUGAACCCUAAUUAUAAUUCUUGGUUUUAUGGCAGGCUAAAGAUUCCCUUGUAAGAAAAGAUCACUUGAUUUGCAGAUUAAUAAACUGAUUAUAUCUGGCUAUACAAGUAUACAGCAUGAAUUAGAAGGUAUGGAAAAAAGUGUUAAAUACUUUUAAUUAGACAUCUGUUAUAUAGUAUUUAGGCCACACAACUUCCUGAUUUUUAAAGAUAUAAAUAGUUUUGGUUAUUGAAAGUACCUGUAAUAUGCUAUUGAUAACUAUUACUGUCCUGCUAUAAAUUUAUAUUGAAAGUAAUUUGACAUUAUUAAGACAAUGCCUUAAGUGCAGUUAAUCUUUCAAUUUUAAGGUAGGAAAUGAGUAAACAGUUGAUGAGAACGAAGUGUUGGUAACGGUUGUUCUUUCUGGCUUUUUUGUGGCCUGCCAUCUCUCAAAAAAUAAUGUACAGCUGGGAAAUGUUCUCUUUGUACUGUAUGCACUGGUCUCUAAAUAACUAUGUAACAUAACAUCCUCAAACCCAUUUGUAAGCCAUUAUUUUAGAAAUAUUCAGUUUGCCAUUGACAAGAUUGCAUUGUUCCGACGUAAAAGGUCAGCUUGCUAGAUUUUAAAUAGAGCCUGUGAAAAUUGUAAAUUUAACUUAAACUUGGUAAAACCAGGAAAUGGUUUCUUUGUCUGCCUUGUGAAUCCAAGUGCUUUAUGAAAACUGAAGGCUAAGUGAGAGCAGAAGCAUGUUUGAGUUGGUCGUUGUUUACUGAAACUCAGCAAUCUGUAAGAGAAGGUUAACUGAAAGACUACAAUAAGAGGUUGGUUCCUCAGUUUUUCCUUUCUUUAUUAACAGAAUUCUGUUGUUAAACAAGCUAUACCUAUUAAAUAUAGCUUUUGCUAGUUUGCUAAUAUUUUAUCUAAUACUGUUGUAAAUCCUGCUGGUUCUUAAUUUGUUUUAAUUUUAAAACUGUUCAAGGUUCCUUGAAUGUUUUACUAUAAUUAAUGAAUGUAUCAUUGAAAUUUUUAUAUCUAAUAAGUGCACUGUUUAUAGUAAAACCACCCAAAUAAUUUUCCAAUGUGAAAUUGUAAUCCUUCAAAUAACUGACGUGUUAAAGGUGCUGUCACGCCAUGUAAAAACACAAAGUGUGUUCAUGAAAAUGCACGAUGAGAACUGACAGCGUUGUCUGUAUGCACUGUUCUGUUUGUGAGGCGUCAUUCAGUUCCGCAGGGUAUUUGGCUGAACAGCAAGGAACAACUGAUACUCUUACAACAGAAGGGGUUUUUUAAUCUAUUGACGGAGUAAGUUCUAAAUUAUGAAUGCUUUUUAUUUAACAUGUUUGAAUGCCAUCUUUAGGUAAAAAAUUGUGCCCAAAUUGUAGAGUAUGUGUUUUAAUACACAUUUAGUCGUUUUUUUGUUAAAGCCAUGUCUAAAAUAUGACUUGCCAUUAGUAAAAAAAACCAUUUAGACACUGAAAUGUGUUAUAUUUGGUGGAUUCACUGUGAUUUUUAUAUGCACCCUAUCUGCGUCUGUGCAUGAAAUGACCAUUUUCUGUGUAUCUCCAAACGUGAGAGGGGCGCUGUAUGCAAUCAGUAUCUAAAGUUUGCUUUUUCCAUCUACUUUUUGAUCAGACUAUAUUUUGAUUAUUGAGAUGUGAUUAAUGUAUUCCUUUAGCAACAUUAGUUUACAGUAUCAAAUGUGAGGUUUGCUGUACACUGGGAGGUAUUUAAUUCUGCUAGCCAAUGUUCAUUAUUUUUGUGGCCAUUGCAUGUAUGAAAAAUAAAGGGAUGUAUGUAUGUAUCAGGGAAUAAUUGAAUUUUACUUGUUUCUGAUUUUUGGCACAUUUUGUUUUUGAGUGAUUUAACACUUUUUAGGUGUUGUUUUUCUCUUCAAAUGUAGGGCAUCUAAUUUUUUUUUCUCUUGCACUUUAAAAAAAAAAGCCAUGAGAUACUGUAAAAAAUAACCCCUGGUGUCAAACUGUAUCCUAUUUGUUUCUUUUCUAGUUGGUCAGACAUUAAACUUGUUCUUAUUGCCACUUGUAAAUUACUACAUUCUGUAAUUGUGUUUUUGCAGAUCUAUUGAUUGAAUAGGUUUGUGAAUUGAAAAAUGAAUGUAUCUUUACACAGUUUUGAUGACAUGCAAUUAAAUGUGUUUAUAAUAAACUUUUUGCUUUUCUUA